UGCAGAUGCGGACAGUAACCAACCUCUCAGAAACAUGAACCCCGACUGGAGUGAACAAGACUGCCGCAGGAACGGGAACCGGGGAUUAUUCACCAGGGUGCAAGAUCCUGAAGAGAGACGUGCUUUCAGUGAAGCAGAGGAGGGGCCAGUGAUAGAAGCUGUUUACACACAAGAGGAAAUCUGUGAUCAGGAGUGGUGUGGAAGAAUAAUGGAGAAUACAGAGCUGGCAAUUUGUGACAGUAAAGAGAGCCCUGAACUUGAAGCUGUCCGCAUUAAAGAGGAGGCUGUGGAACUGGAGUGUGUUCACAUCACAGAGGAAGUUUCUAAAGACAGUGCAGUCAUUAAUCCUGUGAAUAUAGUUAAGCUGGAAUCUAGCCACUGUGGUGAUUGUCCUCCUGAACUGGUCUGCGUGAGACACAAUCAGCGUGUCUCUGAAGACACUUGUUCUAGUGUUGGAGAAGAGGACACUGGGCUGGGGUCCAUUCAGGGGACACCGUGCUGGGGAGCAGCGCCGUCCACUAGCAGCACAGCAUCAGAUCCAGGAAGACGCAACUCCGCUCCAGCACCCCAGAGCAAGAUCUCUACUGACGGCGGGCUGCAGCGUAAGCAGAAACGCAGAGAGACGACGCCCCAAGAUGAAUGGGUUCCACUGCAGUUGAAAGUGAGAAUACAGGAUUGCGCCAUCGCUGAGAAGAGAAGCAGCACGACCAGGCGCUGGAGACACAAGAUCAAGCAGAACCCAGAACUGUACGAGCAGCACAAGAGGAAGGAAGCAGCCCGGGCCCGUCUGUAUCGCUUGAACCAGAGCCCCAUGAAAAAGAAGAUACAAAAGGAAAAGGCGAGAGAGAGGGCCAGAAAAUGCAGAGAACGACAGAAGAACGAAAAGACUCUGCCUUUGCCAGAAGCCCGCAGUGUGUAAACUCGUGGUUUUCGUUCUGUGUUGCGUUUUAAAUAUCCUGCCGCUGAAAUUAAAACAUUGCAAAAAAAUAAAAAAUAAAUAAAUUGAAAACUUUUAAAAGGUUAAUUUAUGCUCCUGACAAAGGAGGCCGGACAGGUGCCAAGCAACCUCUCCAAAAGCCCUCUCCCCAAACCAGGGGGUGAGUCGCUGUGCUUCAGAACAGGCGACCGGACGCAGGGAGGCGAUCGGAGCCGAAGGAGACGCUGAGAACGCGGGUCUGUGAAGAAGUGAAAGAUUUUCAGCAGUCAGAGACAGAUUUCCAGGUCGAAUAAAAACACUGUUUCUAAUCUGUGCAUGUACUAAACCGGGAAAGCCAUUUUUUAAGAAGAAUUUUGGAUCGGGUCGAUUAGUUUGGACCCGUGAAGCCCUCUAAUGGAGAGGCCCCUCCGUUGUGAACAGCAGGGCGGUCGUUGAAUGAAACUGCGCAUCAAGUGAAAAUAGCAGAGUGUUUGUAUUUCAACGUCGUGCUUGUUUAUAUAAAUUCAUUAGUAAAAAAAAUCAGUGAAAUAAAGUCACUCUUGCAUUUUGACCACGUUUCCCCGGGUU